UAAUCGUGUAUUGUAACCGUUAAAGUAGGCAAACGAUGAAGUUCAGCAUUGGAUCUACUACUUCUUACAACAGUAUUCAUCCAUCAUACCAGUAUACAGAACAAUUUGCUAAUAAUGCUCAAACAUAUCAGGAUGGUACCAAAUGGUUUGGAGUAUUUUUGGCGUUUCUGUCAGGUACAUUUUUCACAAUUAGUUCUGCAUUAGUCAAAGCAGUUCAAAAUGUACAUCCUAUGAUAUUGCUGGCUAUCAGAUCUGUUCUGCAAAUGUUAGUUAUGGCGUGUGUAGCAUGUAAAGUUUCCACAAGUCUUUUCGGACCCAAAGGGCAAAGAAUGCUGUUACAUUUACAGGGUCUAGUGGGUGGUGCAACUCUAUCAUUAUUAUAUUAUAGUUUUCGCAAAUUACCAAUAGGAGAUGCCACAACAAUCAUAUUCAGCUCUCCAGUAAUUGUUAUUGCACUAUCUUUUAUUUUUUUAAAAGAACCUUGUGGAGUAUUACGUGUGUUAGUUAUGUGUUCGCUUUUUGCGGGUGUUAUUUUUGUAUCUAGACCACCAUUUUUAUUCCAGGUCCAUAGAGCUGAGCCAUACAAUGUAAUGGGAUAUGUAUGUGCUAUACUAGCAACUUUCUUCACAGCACUUAACAUAGUUGUUAUGAGAAAGUGUUCAGAAAUUCAUUAUUCAGCAAUAAUCUUCAAUUUAUCUUGGUGGUCACUUGUUACAGCAGUGACCUUUUUCUUCCUUGUGUCAGAACAUCAUGAACAAAAUCCAAAGUUACCAGUUGAUUGGAUUACUUGGAGCAAAAUAUUAUUAGUAGCAUUCACUGGAUUAUCAGGUCAAAUUUUAGUAACUAAUGCGUUAAAAAUAGAAGGUGCUGGUAAAGUCUCAGUAACUAGAUCCUUAGACAUUAUUUUGGCGUAUGUAGUACAAGUAUACUUUUUUGGAGACCGUCCUUCAUCAACCAGCAUUGCUGGAGCACUUCUAGUCAUAGCAUCCGUUAUCUGUAUGGGAUUUGAGAAAGAAAUUUAUGGUAUUUGUGAUUUUAUUCCCUAG